AUGUCCAAAGGAAGCGCGUGUACUAAUUGCAGGAAACGGAAGAUACGAUGCGAUGGUGCGCGUCCCCAAUGUCGCGCCUGCCGCACUUCUUCGGAACAAUUCCAGGAUUGUGAGUACACCGACUUGGGUGUAACUCAUUCCCAAAGGCUCGAGGAGCAGAUCGCUAUUCUCGAGGCAAAAGUACACGAGCUCGAAGCUCACCCACAUUUGCCCUCUAGUCCCAGCCCUGCCCGACAGCCUGAAUCGUGUCCUAUCAACCGCAGCCUAUCGGCGGCAGAGGCUCCGUUGUCGAGUGAACUGCAUCAGACGCUUAUACAUAGAUUCAUACAGUCCAGUGCCGACCUUGCUUUCUUUCUAAACACUGAGCGAUUCCUUCAUUCCUUCACUACGAGUGCCCGCCCAUCACAAGCCCUCCUCAACACGAUCUACCUCUGGGGGAUCCAUCUCUCACAUGAGCCCCAAGUUCGUCAACACGAACCACAAUUCCUCGCAAAAGCCCUCCAAAGUAUAUCCCACUGUUUGGCGGGUGCCACCAGUCUACGCGUUCUCCACACAAUCCAAGCCUCAGUCCUCAUCGCCCAAUACUUCUUCAGAAACUCCCGGAUUCUCGAAGGGAAAUACCACAUGACAGCCGCCCACUCUCUCUCCAUCGGCGCUCGCCUACACACAAUCCGCUCCUCUGCCUCGCCCCCACCCCCACCCACGAUAACAAGCCCUACGCGUGGGUUUCCACCUCCAGUAGACCCAAUCGAAGAAGGCGAACACAUCCGCGCAUUCUGGACAGUCAUCAUCCUAAACACCUGUUGGCAAUCUCUUGAUGGAGAGUCGCUUUCGAAUAUGGUUUAUACGAAAGAGCCCGGGUUGAGGAUCGAUACACCGUGGCCGGAGGAUAUGGAUACAUACGUGACGCAUGGCAUCCCCUAUGAUCUGGUGGGAGAUCACACCGUGGAGGGCUUCCUGAGAGGCAUGAACCCGAAUAGCAAUCCUCCCGGCGGUCAAUCCUGGAUAUCCCUCCACGCAAAAGCAUCAAUCCUCUUCGAACGAGCGACUCAAAUAGGAGCUGCCCAUGCCCAUUGGAAAACGAAAUGUAUCCCCACCGUGACUCAUCCCCUAGACCAAGACCCCGACUUCCUCACCAUCGACAUAGCGAUCCAAACUCUUUCUCACGUUCUGAGCAGUGUCAAAUCCCCACCUACGAAGCAGCACCACCACAUUUUGGUACCUCUCCUCAUCAACGCAGCUAGCAUCCGAUUACACCAAACCUUCAUACAAUGCGAAUCCAAAUCAACGGACCAAAACCAACACGUUCAAAGCCAGAGGCAUCACCACCACCGCGUCCGCGUCGUCGACUCCGCACGGAACAUCGUGCGUCUUAUCGCGCACUACGCACAAAGUAGAUGUAUCGGAGGAGGAGGAGGAGCGAUAGACCCAAUUGUUGCACCAUUGUCAAUGAUCGCUUUCCACACUCUCCAAGUGGCUGGACCUGGGUCUGCCAGUGGUGGCGAAUACAACACAGAGUUGGAGACGCUUAUUGAUGCGAUGGGUAGGUUGUCGUCGGUUUGUCCGGUGAUGACUCGGAAUGUGCAAGCUGCCCAAGUACGGGCAGGUGGAUGA